UGUGUAUAUAUAGCAAGGAAUGCACAACAAAGCAAACUCUGGAGUAAAACAAAAACCAAGAAGUAACCAAUAAGUAGCAUACUGUGACUACAGAAAAUGCAGUAUGCUUACAACAAGAACAGGGAGGAAGUACCCGAACCUAUUAAAGCUGAUGUUCAAGGCUCUCUCCCAGCAUGGUUACAGGGCACCCUCCUGCGCAAUGGACCGGGUCUGUUUUCUGUGGGGGAGACCAGCUACAACCACUGGUUCGACGGAAUGGCCCUGCUGCACAGCUUCACUUUUAAAGAGGGUGAAGUUUACUAUCGGAGUAAAUACCUGCGUGGAGACACCUACAAGUGUAACAUGGAAGCCAACAGAAUAGUGGUGUCUGAAAUGGGUACCAUGGCUUAUCCAGAUCCCUGCAAAAAUAUCUUCUCCAAAGCAUUCACCUAUCUUUCCCACACUAUCCCAGACUUUACUGAUAACUGUGUAACCAAUAUUAUUAAAUACGGGGAGGAUUAUUAUGCCACAUCAGAGACUAACUAUAUCCGGAAAAUUGAUCCAUACACCCUUGAAACGCAGGAGAAGGUGGACUACAUGAAAUACAUUACUGUGAAUUUAAUAACCUCCCACCCACAUUAUGACAAACAGGGGAAUACUUACAAUAUGGGAACCUCUAUUGCAGACAAGGGAAAGACCAGAUAUACUAUCUUCAAGGUCCCUCCAAAAGCAGACGACAGUGCCAAGAAGAAGCUGUGCUUGAAGAACCUAGAGGUGGUGUGUUCCAUCCCCUGCCGCUCCCUCCUCCACCCCAGUUACUACCACAGCUUUGGGAUGACUGACAAUUACAUCAUCUUCAUCGAGCAGCCCUUCAAGCUGGACAUACUUAAGAUGGCCACAGCUUACUUCAGAGGGGUCAACUGGGCAAGCUGUCUCCAGUUUGAUGCAGAUGACAAUACAUUAAUCCACCUGAUUGACAGAAGGACGCAGAAGCCUGUGCCCACGAAGUUCUACACGGAUGCACUGGUGGUCUACCAUCACGUCAAUGCCUAUGAAGAGGACGGCCACGUUGUGUGUGACAUCAUCGCAUACAAGGACAGCAGUCUGUACGACAUGUUCUACCUGGCUAACCUGCAGGAGCCUCUUAAGAAUAAUAAGCUCUCCUCUAAGCCAAGCUGCAGGAGAUUUGUCCUCCCACUGCAAUCUGAAAAGGAUGCAGCGAUUGGCAAUGACCUGGUGAAAUUGAAGUCCACUACAGCCACUGCAGUGAAGGAGAAGGAGGGCAGCUUGUUCUGCCAUCCUGAAAUACUCUGUGAAGGAGCUGAGCUACCACGCAUUAACUAUGAUUUUAAUGGAAAGAAGCACAGAUAUGUCUACAUAACUGGGGUUGAACUAACACCUGUGCCUACAGUGGUCAUGAAGUUUGACGUUGACACGAGGCAGAUGCUGGAGUGGAAGGAGGAUAAUUGCUGGCCGUCAGAACUCGUCUUUGUCCCUUCUCCAAAUGCCACCGAUGAGGAUGAUGGUGUUGUUUUGUCAGUGGUUGUCUGCCCGGAUCCUAACAAAGCUGCCUUCUUACUGGUCUUGGAUGCCAAGACUUUCAAAGAGAUUGCCCGUGCAUCUGUGGACGUGGACAUGCACGUUGACAUGCAUGGCUACUUCAUCCCCCCGUGCCCACAAGAAUGAGACCCCACUACCCACACAACUAUCUUCUAUUAAAACCAAAGAGCAGAGCUUGAGUUGGUAUGGUCCUGCAAAGAGCUGAAAAUAAGUUCUGCAACAGCACAUAACGUUGCUGUGUAGACAGGCUUACUCUUACCAAGUAGCACAAUGGUGGGAGAUAUUAUUGUAAUUCUACCGCAAUAACAUUUUUUAGUUGCCAUAACAAUGUUAACACACAUGUGAUCCACUGCAGUGCCAUAGCACCAUAUCAAUACCAGACAGAAUACUAGUGUAUCAGAAAUGUUGCCAUUGCUGAUAAUGCUUUGCUCUGUUAUGGUUUCCUCGGGGUGAUUUGGGAUUUUAAUAACUUUGAUGUAAAAGUACAGUCGAUUCUUGUUAUGUGUUGAUUCCAUGUACAGCUGAUUCUUGAAUUUCAAGGGAUCAUCUAAAAAUUCCUUUUAUCAGGGUACUAUGCCAAAUGCCUUAGAGAAGUGUACACUGAUAAAAUAUUAUACACUGAUUCUGUACUGACAGC